AUGGGCAUCAUUUUGUACGUCUUUGUCGCGGCUCUGUUCCUUGUGGUUGUUAGUUCCUUCGCUCGGCGUAGCCGAGAUUACGUUAGAAAGUUGAGAGGACCGCCUUCGCCCUCAUGGCUGCUGGGAAAUGAAGUAGAAAUCCGUAACCAGAGUGAGGUCGGCGAUCUCGAUUUUCCGUGGGUACGCGAGUACGGGGCCACCUUCAAUACAAGGGGUACUUGGGGGAAAAGGGUUGUCUUCACCUGCGACCCUCGUGCACUCCAGCAUAUCUUCCAUACCAAGGGGUAUCAUUAUCCCAAGCGUGCUGACGCCGCCCAGGCUACUCGCAACAUUCUUGGAAGGGGUAUCAUGUGGGCAUCAGGUGAUACGCACCAACGCCAUAGGAAAGUAAUGAACCCAGCAUUCACAGCCCAGCAAUUGCGAGCCUUCCUCCCGCUCUUCCAAAGUACUGCUUCUCGGAUGACCCAGAAAUGGAAGGACCUCAUCCAAGCCGGUGAGCAUACUUUCAACGUAUCCCGCUGGCUUGCUCGAAGUACGCUCGACGCCAUCGGAGAAGCGGCGUUCGACUAUCGAUUUGGCGCGAUUGAUAGUGCCCAGAACCCCCUGUCCAAGUCGAUGGAAAAUCUCUUUUCUGAUACGUUACUCUACCCAUCGGGGGUGGACCUUCUCUUUAAAGGAUUGUGGCAGUACAUACCUACAUCGAUCCUCCAAUACGUAGAGUACAUCCCAACAAAGGAGUACAUCCGGUUCCGCGCCUUCAGAAAGUUGGCAAAGAGCGUUUCCAAGGGGUUGAUUGAGCAGAGAGCAUCCGUUUCCAUGGGAGAUGGAACCAGUCGGGACGUCAUGAGCGUGCUAGUCCGAGCCAACGUGUCCGAAGACCCUAAAGGCCAACUUGACGAAGAUGAGAUCUUAUCCCAAAUGGCGACCAUCAUAUUAGCGGGGUACGAGACUACUGCAUUAACACUUGCUUGGCUUUUGUAUGAGCUUUCCAAGCAUCCAGAAGACCAGAAGAUGAUGCGAGAAGAAAUCCGAGAGCUUCGGGCCAAACUACCCAGAGGCACAGAGUUCACCAUGUUGCACCUAGACUCUUUGACAUUUACCAUUGCUUGUAUGAAGGAAGUCUUGCGCCUCUACCCCAUCGUCCCUGCACUAGUACGCACUGCAGAAAGAGAUGACGUUCUUCCACUGGCAUUGCCUAUCGUCACCAAAGAUGGAGAAACCCUGACAGAGCUCCCCAUCCAAAAGGGUCAAGAUUUUAUCGUGUCCAUCUGCGCAUAUAAUCGCCUGCCGUCGGUCUGGGGAAGCGAUGCCGAUGAAUGGAACCCGCGCAGAUUCCUUGAUACGUCAAAAGAGAAGCAAACGUCCGUUGGAGUGUACGCAAAUCUGAUGACGUUUUCUGGCGGAGUCCAAGCAUGUAUCGGUUGGCGAUUUGCCGUCAUCGAGUUGCAAGCACUCUUAGUCGAGGCAGUGGAGAAUUUCAAAUUCGUUCUGCCCAAAGGAGUGGAAAUUAUGAGGCUCCCCGCAGGAAUCAUGGUCCCUAUGGUCAGAGGCAAGAUGAGCGAAGGGACUCAGAUGCCUCUUCAGGUCUCUUUGAUGGAGGAAUGA